UUCCUUAAUUUCAUUAUAAAGGGCGAGUCUUGCAGUAGAAGUGCAGGUCGCGUGAAUUCCGAUUGCAGCAGCCAGGCUCGCGAUUCGAUCGGAUUCGUUACAUACCCAUCUCUGAAUCGCUUUUCUCUCAAGAAAAAUGAAGUUUACAGUUUUCUACAUCUUAGCUCUUCUCCUCGUAUCAUCUCCGUUUCUUCAAGUUGCGAGGUGUCAGCAAGGUUCAGAAGAGACUCCAAAAGAUGCUGAAACCAUUGUAGAAGGAGCCGAUAGUGAAGUUGUUGGGGAGAAUGCCAAAUAUUCUGCAGACACUACUUUUAGUUCUGCCACUGAGGUGGAUACUGUAUGUGUUUUCCCCAAUAAUCCUUCAAAAUUGGUAGUUGCAGGAGAAGAGACUGAACUAUUGGUUGGAAUGAAAAAUUAUGGGGAAUCUACUGUCAAUGUCCUAGCUAUUAAGGCUAGUGUCUAUCUACCAUUUGAUCACACCUAUUUGGUCCAAAAUCUCUCUACUCAGGCUUUCAACAAUGCCUCUAUUCCUACCUCAGCUUCAGCUGCCUUUCCAUAUGCAUUUGCAGUGAGCAAGUUUUUGCAGGCAGGAACAUUUGAUCUUGUAGGAACCGUCAUUUAUGAGAUAGACCAACAGGUAUAUCAGAGCACAUUUUACAAAGGUACCAUUGAAGUUAAAGAAGCUGGUGGUUUUCUCAGUAUGGAAUCUGUUCUCCUUGUUUCCCUUGGAAUUGCCCUUAUUGGAUUUCUUGGAUUGUGGAUCCGCAAUCAGAUACAAAAUCUUUCCAAGAAAACUAAAAGGGCAUCAAAAGUGGAAGUUGGAACUAAGACUGUUGAUUCGUCAAUGGAUGAAUGGCUUCAGGGAACUGCUUACACUCAGUCUUUGAUUAACAAAUCAAAGAAGAAGAAGUAGGUGCACGUAUAAUGUGUCCCUCCCCUCGGAUUCUAUUCUUUUAGCACAACAUCAGAUAGACAUCUGUAGAAGAAGCGAAUGACGAGAUUUUCGUGGAAAGUAGGGCCACUUUGUAGCCUUUUUUUUUACAGUUGCUGUAUAAUGAGGAUACUGUUUUAUAUUUAUACUUUUUGCACCUGCAGGAAUUUGAGUUUUUCUAGUUCUUAACUUAAAAGACAAUUUUGUUACUGAUGAUAUUACUGUUGAUUCUUUACUGUUUUAAUCUGAAUUAGCUUGGCUUUGUGGUU